AUGGGUAAGGGUACUCCUUCAUUCGGUAAACGUCACAACAAGUCCCACACUUUGUGUAACAGAUGUGGUCGUCGUUCUUUCCACGUUCAAAAGAAGACCUGUUCUGCAUGUGGUUACCCAGCAGCUAAGACCAGAUCUUACAACUGGGGUGCUAAGGCUAAGAGAAGAACUACCACUGGUACCGGUAGAAUGAGAUACUUGAAGACCGUUUCUAGAAAAUUCAAGAACGGUUUCCAAUCUGGUGUCGCUAAGGCUAAGUCCGAUUAA